GACCCACCGCUACCAUGAAGGCAGUGAGAUUAAUGAGAUUAUGCAGGCCACAUUUCCCUUUUCUAAACAGUAGUAACAAAGAUGAGGUUUUCAUCAAACAAACCAAUUAAUUAAAGAAAAAGAAAGCGACCAAUUGAUCCACUUUGCUAUUCUUAGAGUUCCAACACCCAACUCCUUCCAAGGCAGGUAGUCAAAAGGAUAUAUAAAGACCUCAACCUCAGCAAAAGGGAGACACAAUAAGAAACAUCUCUCAAGGGAAGGGCUUAAAAGUUAAAACCAUGGCUUUUGUAGAGACAGGUGUGGUUUUGUUCAUGGUGAUGGCAGCUGUGCAGGUUUCAUAUGCAGCGGUUUACAAGGUUGGAGACUCUGCUGGCUGGACUACCCUUGGCAACAUAGACUACAGGAAGUGGGCUGCUACCAAGAACUUCCAAAUUGGUGACUCUAUCAUAUUUGAAUACAACGCCAAAUUCCAUAACGUGAUGCGAGUGACGCAUGCUAUGUACAAGUCAUGCAACGCAUCAUCCCCUAUUUCCACCUUCAGCACUGGCAAUGACUCCAUCCACAUAACCAACCAUGGUCACCACUUCUUCUUCUGUGGUGUCCCUGGUCAUUGCGAAGCAGGACAAAAGGUUGAUAUUAACGUGCUCAGGGUUUCUGCAGAGGCACCUACUCCUUCAGCUUUGGCCUCUCCAACAGUUCAAGCUUCCCAUGUGCCUGCACCUUCUCCCAGCAAUGCUUCCCCAUUGAUUGCUCUAAGGGGUGCUUUUGGUGCGAUGGGUUUGGCCAUCGGAAUCCUUUCACUUGCAUUUUAUAGCUAUGUUUAAUAAGAUAGUGUUUUGCGUAGUUUGGUUUAUGAACCUUUUUUUUUUGUUAUCUUUUUGUGUUGGAACUGAUCAAGGGAAUUUCUACAAUUCCUCCACGUAGAUCAUUGGCACAUUUUCAAUGAAACAAAAAAGAAAAUAUUAGAUACAUUACAAUGUAUUUUUACUUUGUAUGGAGGAUUUAAAAGAGUUGAGAUUGUGUGAAUUUAUGGAUAUAGGUUGGAAUAAAUAAAAUCUGAACAUCGAAAUUCCUCUCUUUUA